AUGGAUCUGAUAAAUUUUGAAGACGUCACUGGCCCUGCAACUUCAAAAUCGGUUAUAGUGUUCAUAUACGGUGCAUACGGAUAUUCAGGCCAAAUUCUUUUUGCAGCCGAUACCCUCUCUGAGCUAUCGGGGACCCUUGUGAUCGUUCCUGACAUAUUGGGAGAGGCGGCCAUCCCACCCAAAUACCAAUCUCUAGAUGAGGUCACCGAAGAAGAAAAGAACCGUCUUCUGACAAAGUUCAUGGAUAAAAUCAACAAUUUUCAUGAUUUUCCGGGACAGAUUCUGGAGGGUAUGGAGCGAUGGAGAACUUCUUGGCCAUUGAUUGAGAAGUGGGGAAUUUUCGGACUGUGUUUUGGGGGUAAAGUCGCCGCUCUGAUGUCAAGAAAUGGGACACCGUAUGUUGUCUCCGGACAGGCACAUCCUUCAUUUAUUGCAAAUGAGGACCCAGAACUCAUUAGUAUUCCGCAUAUCUGCCUCGCGUCAAAAGAUGAAGAUCCAGAAAAUAUCACACAAUAUAAGAUGAUGCUUGACGAACGGGGCUAUGUUAACACAUAUCCCGACAGUAUACAUGGUUGGAUGGGUACGAAAGCUGACCUGGAGGACUCAGAAAAAAAUUUAUCAUUCAACAGAGGCUACCACGAAGUUUCAGAUUUCUUUAGGAGAUAUCUUUAA